CUCCUCUCCUCUCUCUCUCUCUCUCGUUUGGGUUACGGUAUGCUUCAUGUUUAGGGUUUGGAAACCAUUAUCUGCUUUGUUGCAAGUGCUCACAAAUGGCGGAUUCGUCUCGUCAGAUAAACAUUGAAGCCCUAAUUUCAUACACUGAUGACCUUGUUAGGGUUCUCAGGAGCAAGAAGGACAUUACCAUAUUGACACAUUCACUGGAAGGGGCGAGCAGCCUUCGUUCUUCCACUCAGAAAGAUCUCUCUGAUUCUCUGUCCCAUUUACAUGAAAUUCAGAAAAAGAUAGCUAUAUGCGAGGAAAAGAUAAAGGCGGAAAGUGAGAGUGACAUACCUGAUGUGGAAUCUCUUCAAAAAGAACUCCAACAGGAACUACAAAAUGAAGAACUGCUGCAUCAGGAACUUAGUAAGGUGAGAGAGCAAAUAGAUGAUCUAGAUCGCCAAAGGAUUCGUAUUGAAGGGAGUCGGGAGAUCCAAAAGAAAAUGAAGAAAGAAUUACAAAAGACACAGAGUGAGAUUUCCAUGUAUGCUUCUGUCACAAGGAUAUUACCAAAUUUUGAGGAGAAAUCAAGAGUAUCUGGGUGUAUCCUUUACCAAUCGUUUCAGAUGUUGUUGAAAGAGAUAAGAAGAUUGUGGAGAGAUUCCAAUUUCAUCCCACAGAGGCAUCUGACUUCCAGAUUUGUAACAGCCUCUGGAAGAUGGGAGAUGUGUAAAUAGAAUGAUCUACGACCAGAACAUUCACUUCAUUGAAGAUGAUGUUCUCUUCUUUUUUUGUAGUUAAUGUUCCUUUGGUUGCACCAUGUAACUUGAUGUAACUCUUAUGCCCUUUGUUAAUCUUUCAGAAGAAAAGAGAUUGUUAAUCUUUCAUAUUUGAUGAAGUGAACCAGCUCGUACCUUCUAUUUUUCA